AAAUCGGAAAAUCUUCUAAACCUAGAAAAACGAAAACACACGCGGAGUUGUUGUUCCUCCUCUACGGUAACGGGAAUAUCGUAGUUAUUGUAAUUUUGGAAAGCUAUAAUGGCGAAGAGAGAGAUUAGUAGCACUCUGAGAAAUCUAAAGUUUAUGCAAAGGUCUUCUCUGAAAGUAGAGAAGAAGAAGGCUGAUGAAGAAGAGCCUAAUGGGAGUUUUCCUUCCCUUAGGACUGUUGCAAAGAAGUGUGUGGUCAUAACAGAUUGGGAUCCUCAGCCAGGAGCAUUGUUAGGACGCAUGUCUUUUCAGUCUUUCAAUCCCUCUAUCGAGAAAUUACAUGAAGAGGCAAUAAACGGUGGAAAUCCCUCAAGCUCUAGCAGUAAUGGAGGAAAAAAGUCUUUUAGUGAACCGGAGAGUUCAAAGGUUGAGCCAAGUGGGGAAACAGAUGGUGACUUGAAAAGAAAACAGUCUGAGGUAGUCUCCGAGGAACAAAACCGUCCUAACAAGUCCCCAAGGAGCUUUGACAAACCAUCACCGAGCAAUAAAAAGGGCAAUGGUUUUAAGAAACCCAAGAGCAAGAAGGUGGACUGGAGCGUUUUGAGGCCACCAAAACCUCAAACCAAAUAGGGUUUAAAUUAGCUAACUACAGCAAUCUAUAUGCUAUUAGUUACAUCGGUUCAUAUGUUCUAGUAGAUCGUUUGUUGCUCUGUCUGUAUCGUCAUUCCCGUGGUGUUGCAACCCGUUGGAUAAAUUAUAGCCAAAAGUUUUGAAUUUGUUUGGGUUAAAAGUGCUCGUGUUGUCUUCGGAUCUUUGAUUAAACAAUUUAUCAUUUCCACAAGGAUUUGAAUACAAUAUGUACUUGCAGGAAAAAA